AUGACUACAUUAACUGAAUCUAAUUAUACUCGUCGUAAUUAUAUAUCUAGUCGUCUAAUAAUUCUCUCAUUAAACAUUCAUAUAGAGUUAAAUAAUGGUCGUUUUUCUUUAUCAUUUUCCGAUGAAAUUCGAAAACAAUCUGAUCUUAGUUUAAUUUCAUCAACAUUUUCGAAUUCAUUAAUCGAUGAAUUAUUUACAUGUAUCGAAUAUUAUUGUAAUGAAAUCAAUAAAUUAAUAGAUGAAUUACGUUUAAUUAAUACCAAUUCUUAUCAAAUACUUGAUGAUCUAUCUAAAGGUUCUCAAAUAUGUUUAAAUGUUUUAUAUAAUUAUCAUCAUGAUCGAAUUUCAGUUGUUCAAUCUCUGUUAUCAAAUCCAUUUCGUGAAGAUGCUUGGCAUUUUGUAUAUGAAAUUGAUUCAAAUAUUUUUAGUAAAUGUCGAAUAAUAUUAAUACGUUUACGAAUUUAUUUUCUAUUACUGCAUCAAUUCCUAACAAAUGAUAAAACUCGAACUUAG